CUGUGCUGAUAUUGUGCUAAAGUUCACCAUAUAAAUUCCUCUUCCUCAAAAAGAGGAGAACCAGGAUCUAUACUGGGGCAGCAGUAAUUGAGGGAAUUGAGCUGGGCCAUGAAGCUGAAGAUCCCUAACCCGGGCCUGGAUGAUCGGAUCCUGAGCCACGAUGAGCUGGAGAAGCUGGAAAUCGAGGAGGCAGGGGACAGGCCUCAAUGGGACAACAAAACCCAAUAUAUGCUGACAUGUGUGGGCUUCUGUGUGGGGCUCGGUAACGUCUGGCGCUUCCCCUACCUGUGUCAGAGCCACGGGGGAGGAGCCUUUAUGAUUCCUUUCCUGAUCCUGCUGGUGUUUGAGGGAGUUCCUCUUCUUCACCUAGAGUUUGCUAUUGGGCAGCGCCUGAGGAAAGGCAGUGUGGGGGUCUGGAGGACCAUUAGCCCUUACAUGACAGGAGUAGGAAUUGCAUCCAUGUGUGUGUCCUUGUUGGUCAGCCUCUACUACAACACUAUAAUUGCCUGGGUCAUGUGGUACUUCUUUAACUCGUUCCAGGACCCACUACCUUGGAGCCAGUGCCCCAUCAAUGCAAACAGAACAGGUCUGGUGUCAGAAUGUGAGAGGAGCUCCCCUGUGGAUUAUUUCUGGUACAGGAAGACCCUGGACACAACUACAUCCAUAGACGAUACAGGAGGACUGCAUUGGUGGAUGGCGCUGUGUCUAAUUUCAGCCUGGGCCGUACUCUAUGUCUGCUGUGUCCGUGGAAUUGAGACCACUGGCAAGGCAGUAUAUGUGACCUCCACAUUACCCUAUGUGGUUCUCACGGUUUUCCUAAUCAGAGGACUGACUCUGAAAGGCUCCGUAGAGGGAAUUAAAUUUCUUUUUACACCAGAUCUUAAUGAAUUAGCAAACCCAGCGACCUGGCUGGAUGCAGGCGCUCAAGUAUUCUAUUCCUUCUCUCUGGCAUUUGGUGGCCUCAUCUCAUUCUCCAGCUACAACUCAGUACAUAACAACUGUGAGCAGGAUGCUGUGAUCAUCUCCCUCAUCAACGCCUUCACCUCAAUCUUUGCUGCCACUGUAAUCUACACCAUCAUUGGUUUCAGAGCCACGGAGAGAUUUGACGACUGUUUGGCAACAAACAUUAUGACUUUGCUGAACACCUUUGACCUGCCAGAAGCAAACAUCACUGAAAGUAACUACAAUCAAGCUUUAAAUGAGCUUAACACCACAUACCCUGAUGUCAUUCAGAAUCUAAAUCUUCAGACCUGCAACCUGAACACAUUCCUCAGUGAGGGUGUUGAGGGCACAGGCCUGGCCUUUAUUGUCUUCACUGAGGCCAUCACCAAGAUGCCCUUGUCUCCACUGUGGUCCGUCCUUUUCUUUGUCAUGCUCUUCUGUCUCGGCCUGUCAUCCAUGUUUGGAAACAUUGAAGGAGUCCUGGUGCCUUUACAGGACUUAAAGGUCUUCCCCAAACACUGGCCAAAAGAACUUAUCUCAGGCUUGACCUGUGUGCUGUGUUGCUGUAUUGCAUUAAUAUUCGUCCAAGGGUCAGGGAAUUACUGGCUGGCGCUCUUUGACAAUUUCGCAGGUUCCAUCCCUCUACUCAUUAUUGCCUUCUGUGAGAUGGUUGGAGUGGUGUAUGUUUAUGGAAUAGAUAGGUUCAACGAAGACCUGGUCUUCAUGAUCGGGCAUAAGCCCAAUAUCUUCUGGCAGGCCACAUGGAGAUUUAUCAGCCCCCUCAUCAUGCUGUUCAUCUUCCUCUUCUACCUUGUUACCACCGUCUCCAAGGAGCUCUUUUAUAUCGCCUGGGACCCAGAAUCGGAAAAAUUUCCUACUUUGGAGCAGAAGCCCUACCCACCAUGGAUCUAUGUAAUAAUCUUCAUAUUGGCUGGGAUUCCUAGCCUUGCUGUACCUGGUGCUGCCAUUAUCAGGGCUAUACGGAAGCGCUGUUGUUAAAUGGAUGCUGGUGUCUAAAUUAAGAGCACAAUUCUUAAUUCAAUAAGAAAGUCUUAUGAAUGUGCCAGGGUGAUUUAUUAUUAUUAUUAUUUUUAUUAUUAUUAUUAUUUUGGUCAUUGGUCAUUUGAUAAUUGGUAUUAAUUCUUUAUGUCACCAUUUUAAAGGACAUGUUUCUUACAUUUCUGACAAUAAUAAUAGAUGAUUGUUAGCAACACACCACCUGCUGCUUUUAUGAAAUUACAAUUAUACUUAACAACUGUAUCAAUACAGUGGAUGUCAAACUGUGCUUGAAAUUUUCAAAUUAACUUAGGAAUUUGUGACAACUUAUUAGUUUGUGAUAUAAUAUAUAUAUACUAAAGAACCAUAUUUAAUUUUUACCAAAUAUUUUCACUGUAUUAUAGUAUUUGCAUUAUAUGGCAACUGUAGUUUUGUUAAUGGACAUGUUGAGGUUUUUAUUUAAUUAAUCAAUAUUUGUUCAAAGCACUUUACAUGUUUUCCUGUUUUUCUCUUUUCUUAAAAUAAAUGUUUUACUAAAAUGUAAA